AUGGGCGACGCGGUGGUGAACGUGGAGAAAGAGGUGGACAAAGUGGUGAACAAGUUUCACGAGUUGCAGAGACACAACGACCAGACCCUCGAUGACCUCAUCCAACAGAUCAAUAGCUAUCAGCGCGACCUCAUGCUCUUGAGCGGUAUGUAUGGCGGUGUCGAUGACCUGCCAAUCGGUGAACCCAUUGCACCGCGAAUCCAAUCGCCGGCCAACGAGUUGACACAAAUACAACGCGAUCUGCUGUACGACAACGUGAUUAAGAAGACCCGGAACACGAUCUCGCAGUUCUCGUCGGAGCACCGG